AUAUUAAAAAGAAAAUAACCUCAUGGCCUAAAAGAUCACUAAAUCAAGCAGAGAAUAUCUUGUCUUUUGAAGCCUAAAUAGUUAUACUAGCCUCACAUCAAGAUGCCUAAGAAGAAGUCUGGAGCAAGGAAGAAAGCUGAGAAACAAAAGGAGCGUCAGAAAGGGAUCAGAACGUCUUCUGAAGCCAGGAGUUUGGUGCAACAGCCUUGCAACAGUAUGAUGGAGUGUGACAAGUGUCAGAGACGACAGAAGAACAGAGCAUUCUGCUACUUCUGCAGUGUAGUACAGAAGCUACCAGCCUGUGCUCAGUGUGGGAAGACCAAGUGCAUGUCCAAGGGUGGUGACUGCGUAGUGAGACACCCUGGAGGGUUUGCCACUGGGCUAGCUAUGGUGGGUGCCAUUUGUGACUUCUGUGAAGCGUGGGUGUGCCACAGUCGACGAUGCCUGACCACCCACGCAUGUAUCUGUCCACUCACCAACUCAAUGUGUAUUGAAUGUGAGCGUACAGUGUGGGAACACGGAGGGAGAGUGUUCAAUUGCUCCUUCUGUGACAAUGCUCUCUGCGAGGACGAUCAGUUUGAGCAUCAAGCCAGCUGUCAGAAAAUAGACUCUGAAAAUCUCAAGUGUGGUUCUUGCAACCGGCUGGGUCAGCAUUCGUGUCUUCGCUGUAAGAUCUGUUUCUGUGAUGACCAUGUGCGACGGAAGGGCGUCAAGUACGCCAAGGGAGAACCUUUCCCCUGCCCCAAGUGUGGUCACCCCACCAAAGAAACCAAAGAAUUAAGCAUGUCCACCAAGGCAUACUCGUAUGGCAAGCAAGGCCUGUCCUCGUACGACAGUGAUGGUGGUGAUGAUGGCUACAGUGGCUACACAUACGGAGGAGGAGAGAGCUAUGACUACACGAGUUACCAUGACGAUGAGGCUAGUGAAGAGUCCGUGGAUGAUAGCGAAGAGGAUGAUGCUUCAGAUAGUGAACUAGCCAAAAGUCUCUCAGAAGCAACUAUUCAGUAGCAGUCAUGUUAUAGAGGGAAUCCCCCUAAUUUAUCAUAAUUACAUUAUAUUGUGCAAAUUUUUUUUUAUUCGUUCAAAAAAAGUUUAUUUUAAAAUGACA